CAACCGCAUCCUCUCUUUUCUCUGCGACUUCACAAGCUCUCGGGUCUUUACAAACCCUAGCCUUAAUCUAGGGCUUUUUGUUGCUACAUCUGCAAGAAUUUGGUAGAAUCCUGAGAUUCUCUUUUGUUCUUUGUUCAAUAGUUGGUGUGUUUUGUUUACUCGGUGAAGGUUUCGUGUUGAAAAGCUCGCUUCUUGGGAGUGUCAUGGAUUUCGGAAGCGCUCGGAAAAGAGGAAGGCCGGAGGGCGUCGCCGUCAAUGGCAAUGGCGGCGUUAAGAAGUUGAAGCAAGAAACGGAGUCAUUUUCAACCGGUAUAGGAAGCAAAUCGAAGCCAUGCACAAAGUUUUUCAGCACUUCGGGGUGCCAAUUUGGGGAGUCGUGCCACUUCUUGCAUUAUGUUCCCGGUGGUAUUAAAGCUGUGACACAAAUUCUUGGAAGCAACCCAGCUAUUCCCGCAGCUCCUCCUAGGAAUCAGAUAGCUGCGCCAUCGUUUCCAGAUGCUUCAUCUCCUCCAGCUGUUAAAACUCGUCUCUGCAACAGAAUCAACACUGCUGAAGGAUGUAAAUUUGGGGAUAAAUGUCAUUUUGCCCAUAAUGAGUGGGAGCUUACGCGGUCUGCAGUUCCGGGACCGGAGAAUCAUCAUGGUGCAGGACCAUUUCCAGGCAGGUAUGGUCCACGAUUGGAUGCUACCCCACCAGGCGUUGGGCCUGCAGUUGGCUUUGGAGCCUCUGCAACUGCUAAGAUAAGUGUCGAUGCUUCCCUUGCUGGAGCAAUCAUUGGAAAAAGUGGUGUGAAUUCAAAGCACAUCUGUCGAAUGAGUGGAGUGAAGCUAGCCAUUAGGGAGAAUGAGUCUGAUCCAAAAUUUAAGAACAUUGAACUAGAGGGCAGUAUGGAUCAGAUAAAGCAAGCAACUGAUAUGGUGAAUGAGCUUAUCAUGAAUUUAAGGUCAGCUGCUCGGCCACAGAUGAGGAACCAUGGUGGUACUAGAGGCCCACCUGCUUCAAAUAACUUCAAAACUAAACUUUGUGAGAACUUUACCAAGGGAUCCUGUACAUUUGGAGAUAGAUGCCACUUUGCUCACGGAGAAGAAGAAUUGCGUAGUUCAGGGAUGUGAGCAAAUAUAUUCUGACCGUUUUUUGUUCGUGUUUGAUUUUCUGGUAGAUCUUUUUGUAGUAGGAGCACAUAGAUAUUAUUCAUGUUUGAUGCUUCUGUAGGGUUAGAUGAGGUUCUUCUUUUUGAGGAAGUGGGAUGAUAUUGUUGUAGCCUAUGUUUUUGUUUGCUCAUCUGUCCAUUUUGCAUUUUAGACCUAAGAACAGUAUGGUAUUGGUACUAUUAUUUUUCCGGAUUGUUUGCAAGUAGCCUUUGCUCUAAACAGAACGUAAUUCAAGAUUUUGCCAUUCAAUAGUGUCUUUAAAUGCCAAUACCAAACUCUUAAACAGAGAAACGGUUCUAAGAGGAAUUUUAAAGUGUGUAGAACUCAUUC